CUGGCAUACAGAGGAUAGUAACGAUUCUUCAUUCGAACCAAAAACACAUCCAACAACGAACACGAUGACAACGAACCGAUCCACCAGACUUCUGGUGUUGCUAGUGUUGACAGCCCUGGUGGCCAGCCAAAAGGCGCAUGCUGCCGCCGUAGGACUCAAGUGCGGUGGCAAGAGCGCCGUCUGCGUGGGACCACUCUCCUAUCAGCAGUGCGUCGAUGACCUGACCACCGGUCCGGUGGUGCCAUGCGAGCUUAACACCCGCUGCGUCACCGACGGCCUCGAGAUCUGCGUGGCGGUCAAGUCGGCCGCUGAGGCGCCCACGGCGGCUGUCGCCAAGAUGGUGACCAUCACCGACAGCCCCGUGGUGAGCGAAUCCGCCCCGCUCGUGGAUUCCACCAGCAGUGUUAGCGCCGUAGAGAUCUCCACCGAGGGUGUAGGUGCACCAGCCAGCGCUGUUCCCACGAAGCCAUCUGCUCCAGUUGAGACCACUCAGACUCCGGUAGAGACCACCCAGAUUCCGGUUGAGACCACUCAGGCACCGCUUAAAACCACCCAAGCUCCGGUCGAGACAACUACUGCAGCCAUUGAGGAGACUACCACAGGAUCGGAAGCACCACUGGAGUCGGAAUCGACGGUGCCCAGCGAUACAACUCCCGUGGACUCCACAUUGUCACCCGGAUCGGAGGGCACUUACCCAACCAUUGAACCCAACACACCAGGAGCAGACCCCAACGCUCCGGCGGGAACGACUCUUGCUCCAGGCGAAGUCGAUCCCAACAGUCCUAUCGACCCCAAUUCCCCUCUGAACCCGAACGCACCCGAAGAAUCUACUAACGAACCCGGAUUAGUUGACCCCACCCUACCGGCUGACACUACCGCUGCUCCAGAUUCUCCUGUUGAAGGAUCAACAGCAGCUCCCGGCACUCCGGCUGAUGUAACCACUGCUGCUCCAGGCGCUCCAGGUGAUGUCCCUACUGCUGCUCCUGGUUCUCCUGCUGAUGUCACCACCGCCGCUCCUGGCGCUCCAGGUGAUGGACCCUCUGCCGCUCCUGGAUCUCCUGCUGAUGUCACCACCGCCGCUCCUGGCGCUCCAGCUGAUGGAUCCUCUGCCGCCCCUGGCGCUCCAGCUGAUGAAUCCUCUGCCGCUCCUGGAUCUCCUGCUGAUGUCACCACCGCCGCUCCUGGCGCUCCAGGUGAUGGAGCCUCUGCCGCUCCUGGUGCUCCUGCUGAUGCUACCACCGCCGUUCCUGGCGCACCAGCUGAUGGAUCCUCUGCCGCUCCUGGUGCUCCUGCUGAUGUUACAACCGCCGCUCCUGGCGCUCCAGCUGAUGGAUCUUCUGCCGCUCCUGGUGCUCCUGCUGAUGUCACCACCGCCGCUCCUGGCGCUCCAGCUGAUGGAUCCUCUGCCGCCCCUGGCGCUCCAGCUGAUGGAUCCUCUGCCGCUCCUGGAUCUCCUGCUGAUGUCACCACCGCCGCUCCUGGCGCUCCAGGUGAUGGACCCUCUGCCGCUCCUGGAUCUCCUGCUGAUGUCACCACCGCCGCUCCUGGCGCUCCAAGUGAUGGAUCCUCUGCCGCUCCUGGUGCUCCUGCCGAUGUCACCACCGCCACUCCUGGCGCACCAGCUGAAGGAUCCUCUGCCGCUCCUGGCGCUCCAGCUGAUGGAUCUUCUGCCGCUCCCGGAUCUCCUGCUGAUGUCACCACCGCCGUUCCUGGCGCACCAGCUGAAGGAUCCUCUGCCGCUCCUGGCGCUCCAGGUGAUGGAUCCUCUGCCGCUCCCGGAUCUCCUGCUGAUGUUACCACCGCCACUCCUGGCGCUCCAGCUGAUGGAUCCUCUGCCGCUCCCGGAUCUCCUGCUGAUGUCACCACGGCCGCUCCUGGCGCUCCAGCUGAUGGAUCCUCUGCCGCUCCUGGUGCUCCUGCUGAUGUUACCACCGCCGCUCCUGGCGCUCCAGCUGAUGGAUCUUCUGCCGCUCCCGGAUCUCCUGCUGAUGUCACCACGGCCGCUCCUGGCGCUCCAGCUGAUGGAUCCUCUGCCGCUCCUGGUGCUCCUGCUGAUGUUACCACUGCCGCUCCUGGAGCUCCUGCUGAUGUCACCACCGCCACUCCUGGCGCUCCAGCUGAUGGAUCCUCUGCCGCUCCUGGAGCUCCUGCUGAUGUCACCACCGCCACUCCUGGCGCUCCAGCUGAUGGAUCCUCUGCCGCCCCUGGCGCUCCAGCUGAUGGAUCCUCUGCCGCCCCUGGCGCUCCAGCUGAUGGAUCCUCUGGCGCUCCUGGAUCUCCUGCUGAUGUCACAACCGCCGCUCCUGGCGCUCCAGGUGAUGGACCCUCUGCCGCUCCUGGAUCUCCUGCUGAUGUCACCACCGCCGCUCCUGGCGCUCCAAGUGAUGGAUCCUCUGCCGCUCCUGGUGCUCCUGCUGAUGUUACCACCGCCGCUCCUGGCGCACCAGCUGAAGGAUCCUCUGCCGCUCCUGGCGCUCCAGCUGAUGGAUCUUCUGCCGCUCCCGGAUCUCCUGCUGAUGUCACCACCGCCGUUCCUGGCGCACCAGCUGAAGGAUCCUCUGCCGCUCCUGGCGCUCCAGCUGAUGGAUCCUCUGCCGCUCCUGGUGCUCCUGCUGAUGUUACCACCGCCGCUCCUGGCGCUCCAGCUGAUGGAUCUUCUGCCGCUCCCGGAUCUCCUGCUGAUGUCACCACGGCCGCUCCUGGUGCUCCUGCUGAUGUUACCACUCCCGCUCCUGGCGCACCAGCUGAAGGAUCCUCUGCCGCUCCUGGCGCUCCAGCUGAUGGAUCUUCUGCCGCUCCCGGAUCUCCUGCUGAUGUCACCACCGCCGUUCCUGGCGCACCAGCUGAAGGAUCCUCUGCCGCUCCUGGCGCUCCAGCUGAUGGAUCCUCUGCCGCUCCUGGUGCUCCUGCUGAUGUUACCACCGCCGCUCCUGGCGCUCCAGCUGAUGGAUCUUCUGCCGCUCCCGGAUCUCCUGCUGAUGUCACCACGGCCGCUCCUGGCGCUCCAGCUGAUGGAUCCUCUGCCGCUCCUGGCGCUCCAGCUGAUGGAUCUUCUGCCGCUCCCGGAUCUCCUGCUGAUGUCACCACCGCCGCUCCUGGCGCUCCAUCUGAUGGAUCCUCUGCCGCUCCUGGUGCUCCUGCUGAUGUUACCACCGCCGUUCCUGGCGCACCAGCUGAAGGAUCCUCUGCCGCUCCUGGCGCUUCAGGUGAUGGAUCCUCUGCCGCUCCCGGAUCUCCUGCUGAUGUUACCACCGCCGCUCCUGGCGCUCCAGCUGAUGGAUCUUCUGCCGCUCCUGGUUCCCCAGCUGAUGGAUCCUCUGCCGCUCCCGGAUCUCCUGCUGAUGGAUCCUCUGCCGCUCCCGGAUCUCCUGCUGAUGUUACCACCGCUCCUCCUGGCACUCCAGCUGAUGGAUCCUCUGCCGCUGGUGGAGUUCCUGCUGAUUCCAAUGUUCCCGCUGGUGGAGUUCCUGCUGAUUCCAAUGUUCCCGCUGGUGGAGCCCCUGCUGAUUCCAAUGUUCCCGCUGGUGGAAUUCCUGCUAAUUCAAAUGUGCCAGCUGGUGGAGUUCCUGCUGAUUCCAGUGUUCCCGGUGGUGGAGUUCCUGCUAAUUCCAAUCCUCCAGAUAGUGGUGUUCCUGCUGGCUCCAGUGCUUCCGCUAGUAGCACGCCUGGACCAUCUUCUGCGGGAUCAAAUCCGCCAGCUGGCUCAGUUAUUCCAUCUAUUCCGGUACUUCCUGGCGGAGCCGGCUUUGGGCCUUGGUAUCCUCGCCCGAACAGUCCGAUCUUGCCGCCGACCUGGAGGCCGCUACUUCCUGGACAAAAUGGCUCAGGUGCUCCUGGCAGUGGGCUAAUCAACCCGCCUCAACGCCCACAUCCUUUCUGGCCCAACUGGCAAAACUGGGUAAACAGCUGGCGACCAAAAAAUCCAGUUCCUAGCACCGAAGCUCCUGUCCAACCGCAGAAUCCCCAGCAGCCGCAGCAACCCCAAAAUCCACAGCAGCCCCAGCAACCGCAGAACCCUCAACAGCCUGGAAACAACAAUUCUGAAAACGCCGAAAGCGUAGAGCAAGCUGCUCCAGUUCCACCAGCCGAAGGACCAGCGUCCAACGAGAAUGCCUCCGUUGAGGACAGCAACAAAGCGCCCAGCGAGAAGUCGAAGGACAAGCCAAAGUCCGGGGAGGAUCAGUCCAAGGAGCAGGAACAGAAGAAGCCCAGCUCUGAGGAGAAGGAGAAGAGCGAUAAAGACAGCAAGGAGAAAAAGGACAAUGAUAACAAGGACAAGAAGGACAAGUCCAAGGAGGAGAAGGACAACGAGUCCCAGAAGGACAACGAAGGCGACGACGAGCCGAGCUCCAAGGAGAAGAAGCAGUACGUCAAGGACCUGAUCAAGAAGCUGAAGAAGGGUGACGACUGCGACGAGGACGACGUCUAUCCCGAUGUCCGCGAUUGCCGCAAAUACUACCGCUGCGAGGUAAAGAAGUCCGGCAAACACAAGUUCGCCCACCUGCGCUGCGACAAAAAGGAACGAUUCGACUGGCUUGCCCAGUCCUGUGUGCCCAAGGACGAGGCCCGCUGCCUGGAGAAAUCUAACUAGGAUAGGACACAACUCCAUCUCCGUUUGACCUGCCACCUUCCAAUGAUAGCCUCAAAAUCAACUUUACUUUAAUAUUGGCAAUCUCCAAUCUUCAAUUUCCAUUUCCCUGGUCCUAUCUAAUUUAUUGCACUAACUUAAAUAUGCAUAAUUUUUUUUGUUUUCCUCAAUAAAUCUUGAACUUUAUGAAAAUCUGGCAAA